GGAAUCGUGCGUGAGGUGCGUCAGUCGACUCAGCUGAUGCUCAACCAGCUGCUGCAGCAGCUGCGCAGCAACUCGCAGCUUCCCGUCUGCCUGCGAGUCAUCGGCUACCUGCGGCGGAUGGACGUGUUCACGGAGGCGGAGCUUCGGGUGAAGUUCCUGCAGGCGCGCGGCACCUGGCUGAACUCCAUCCUCGCCGCCAUUCCUGAGGACGACCCCUACUUCCACAUCACCAAAACCAUCGAGGCCUGCAGAGUCCACCUGUUCGACAUCAUCACCCAGUACAGAGCCAUCUUCUCUGACGAGGACCCGCUGGUGCCCCCCGCCGGCGGACAGCUGCCGGUGAACGAGGUCGCCAUCUUCCACGGCUGGGUGGUGCAGAAGGUGGCUGAGUUCCUGGAGACGUUGGAGAGGGACCUGCAGCGGGGCGUGGGGGGGCGCCUGGACUCCCUGCUGGGUCAGUGCAUGUACUUCGGCCUGUCCUUCAGCAGGGUGGGGGCGGACUUCCGCGGGCAGCUGGCGCCGAUGUUCCAGCAGGUGGCGGUGGAGACGUUCCGCAGGGCCGUGCAGGAGGCGCUGGACAAGUUCCAGGAGGACAUGAACAUGUACACGCUCAUCUCCCUGCCCUCGGUGCUGGGGGGGACCAUCCCCCCCGUGGCCCCCAGCACCCAGCCCGGCACCCUGCAGCCCCCCAUGUCCCUGCUGGACUUCCAGCCGCUGGCCUGCUUCCUCAACAACAUCCUGACCGCCUUCAACGACCUGCGGCUCUGCUGCCCCGUCGGCCUGGCUCAGGACGUCACCAACUGUCUGGAAGACGCCCUGAAGAAGGUGACCCAUCAGAUUCUGGUGUUUCACCGGGCCGAUGAGUCGGCGUUCAGCGACAGAGAGAAGGUGCUGUUCGCUCAGUUCUGCUGUUCGUACGCCGACGACCUGCUGCCGUUCCUCAACCGCUGCCUGCAGGUCCUGUUUCCUCCGGCUCAGCUGGCGCUCGUUCUGGGUGUCCCUCCGACCCAGCUGCACAGGUACGGCAGUCUGGGCCGCAUCGACCUGCCCGCGGUCCUCGAGCCUCUGGACUUCCUGCUCCCACAGAGAGAGAUGGUGACGACGGAAGUGACGUCUGUGCCGGAGAUCGACAUCGCCGCCGAGCUGGGCGGGCUGACGUUUGAACCGGGAACAGAUCCUGAGCUCACACCGGAGCCAGCAGGUCCAGAACCAGCACCAGCAGGUCCAGAACCAGCACCGACCCGGUCCGGUCUCACAGAACCGACAGAGGAACCAGAAGAGGAGACGAUACAGGACGAAGAGUUCUCUUUAGAGUAACUGACGCUGAUGGUUGAUAUUCACUUUGGACUCUGGGAGCUGGUGAUGGAAAUCUUAUUUUUGUUGAUUUUUAAUAAUAAAUUAAAUACUUCCUCUCUC